AAUCCAUUCUCAAAAUUAGAAAGUAAACCAAAUUGUAGUUUCCAAAAAAAAAAGAUGACACUGAGAGUAUACGUAGAUCGUAUAUCACAUCCUUGUCGUGAAGUUAUCAUUUUCUGCAGGUUAAAUGGAAUAGACUUUGAGGAGGUCCGCAUAGAUCUCUCCAAACGCCAGCACUUGACUCCGGAAUUCAAAGGAAUCAACCCACUGAUGCAAAUACCAGCUAUAAUGGAUGGAAGAUUCAAGCUUUCCGAAAGUCAUGCAAUUCUCAGAUAUCUGGCUUGUGCAUUUCCAGGAAUUGCUGAUCAUUGGUAUCCAGCUGACUUGUAUCAAAGAGCAAAGGUCGAAUCUGUGUUGGAUUGGCAUCGCGCUAACUUCCCUCGCGGUCCAGCUGGAUAUGUCUCUAAGUCUGUUCUCGCUCCUGCAAUUGGGCUGCCAUUGAAUCCACAAGCAGCAGCAAAAGCUGAGAAAAUCCUUAUAGCAUCGCUUGCAAAGAUAGAGUCUGUUUGGCUCCAGAAAAAAGGACGAUUUUUGCUUGGGAGUGACCAGCCUUCAAUUGCAGAUCUUAGUUUAGCGUGUGAAAUUAUGCAACUUGAGGUUGUGGAUGAGAAGGAUCGUGAGCGUAUAUUAGGUCCAUUCAAGAGAGUUCAGAAGUGGCUUAAUGACACGAAAAAUGCCAUGGCACCUCAUUUCGAAGAAGUGCAUUCAAUUCUCGCAGAAGUUAAAGAGAAGUUGCAAAAACAAAGAAAUGCUAUAGGAAGUAGAAUUACUGAAGUGGGCAGAAAACCUGACUUGCAUUCAAAGAUGUGACAAAGCAGUUAGGAAACCAGAAACUGCAUUAUGCUCACAGCAUUGUGGAUAAAUAUUUCCUGUACACUUACUAUUUGAAGCUGAUCAGGAGGAGAACUCUGGUCCGAGCUUUCCCUUUUCAUUUUCUAUAUCAAUUUGUAUUCAUAGAAUAAG